AGGCGGAUUUUGGUGCUCAAAGCUCUUUUAACCCAUUUGCCUCUUUUCCUUGUGACCAGCACAAGCAAAGCCAUGUUGCUUGGCAGCUCUGCAACAGCCAGUGAGCUUGACAUGAACUAAGAAUGCACACAGUGUUUCGUUCCCUGAUGGUGGCCUUUUUGCUCCAUGCAGUCUCAGCAGUGACAUGGGUGAAGGGUGCCGGCGGAGCGAGUUGUGAGCACACCUGCGCUUCGCGGGAUGGUUGCACCGAGGAGGUUUGGCCCAAAAGCGAGGAGGAGUUCAAGGACAUCGCCAAGCUCGCAGGUCAGGAGUGCGUGACCACCCAAGAAGGGGGCGCCAAGUAUGAUCCCAGCACAGACGGGCGGCAUUGUGGUUGGAGCGGGCCAGACGGAAGCCGCUGCUCAGAAGCUGGGGACAGUGGGACAUACCGCUUUUGCCCGUGCAAUUCUGACAAAGAGCUUUAAGAUGAGCAGUUGUUUUUGAGGUACUUUGCACUCGCACCAUGAUCUUUGGUCGAUGGUGAGUAAUUGUUCAGGCAGGACUCACAGUCGCAGAAGCAGCGACCAGAAUUCGUACCAAAAAAACCGAAGAGAUCAUAGGAGAUCUUUUCCUCUCGACUGAGAA